AGUGCAAAAAAUAAAAUAUCCACAUUACGUGUCAACUUUUUCGUUCCGCAAUUUGGUUGUGUGUGGUGUUGAAGGAGUUGUAUAUUUUUAUUCCUCUCAACUCAUAACCAACAUUAAAUUUUCACAUUCAUCCAAAUCGUAUCUAAAAAAAAAACUUCUUCAAUUCAAUAAAAACCCUUCUACAAAAUGCUCCAAUGCAUUAAUCAAACACUUGCCAAUUAAAAGUGCACUAAAACUAUGCAGCUAUAAAAAAUAAAGUGGUUCACACUCUCACAGAGCAAAGUCAAAAUCACACACUAACUAAAUUCAAAAAGGUACAAAUAUUUAUGUAGUUUCUCAAUGAAAAUAAACAUAAUGCUUGCCUGGAACUUUAAGUCCUCCUCUUCUUGUACACUGACUAAAUCCGCACAAAAUGCUAUAUUAGCUUUGAUUCUAUUAGUCCAAUUGACACGUGCCGCCGAAUCUAGCAAUCGUCUGCGUGUUGUCUACGCUGUCAAUGCUGGUGGCGAUAGUCACACUGACAAAAAUGGUAUCCUCUUUGAACAGGAUCCAUUGAGAGGCAAAAUUGGCACAGAAUCUGAUUAUGGCAAGCAAUUGCUUAUAAUUGGAAGAGUCUCACAACAAGAUGAGAUUCUUUAUCAAACAGAACGCUAUCACACUGCCACUUUUGGUUAUGACCUCCCAGUCACCGAAGACGGUGAAUAUGUGCUAAUACUAAAAUUCUGCGAAGUCUACUUUAAUGCACCGAAUAUGAAAGUAUUUGAUGUUGUACUUAAUGGUGACCACACUGUCAUCUCGGAUUUAGAUAUAUUCCAUCAGGUGGGCAAGGGAACAGCUCACGAUGAGUAUGUGUUCUUCACUGUGUCGAGAAAGCGACUGUUUGUAAAAGAAGAGGAAUCUGAGAUCAGAAAUGGCCGAAUUCGGUUGGAAUUUGUCAAAGGGAUUAAGGAUAAUCCUAAGAUAAAUGCAUUUGCCUUGUUGAAAGGCGAUGUAGAAAGUAUUCCUAGAUUACCGCCCAUUGUGAUGGAGGAGCGUGCUACUCCAUUAGAGACUGAGAUACCGAUUGAGGAUCUUGUGGAGAAGCCGGUAUUGAAAUCGCGCAAAACGAGCGGACCGAAACAGCCGAAUCCUUAUACAAUGGAUGAUUCGUCAGUAAUGCUGCCUGUAUUUAUUGCAAUUGGAGCAUUUAUUCCUCUGCUAUUUUGCCUAUGCAAGCUGUGAUUUACUUAAGUUUAUUUUGUUUUUUCUUUAUUUUUUUUUUUUAUGAGCAAAGCUAUUUUUUUUUAAUGUUUGUUUU